AAAUCGGCGCGGCUAUUGGCUUAGGAGGAACAACUGUUGGACCAACGGCCGCCGGGGUAGGCCUCAGGUAGCGCCCCAGUGCGCAGGCGCGAUUCGUUUUCUUCGCUUCCCGGGCGGCUGACGCGUCACAUUCCACCUCAGCGCGUCAGGACUUGAGCUUGGAACGGCGGCUGAAGGAAGCGGGGCAGGGAAGAGCGGGAGGCCGGAAAGAAGAGGCGAAGGAGGCAGUCGCUGAAGGGGCAGCCGGCGACGACCCUCACGCACCUGCCUUCCCGACUCGGAGCCGGCCCAGCUCUGCCCCGCCCCCCUAGCCUCAGCGGCAUCAACCGUGGCCGGGAGGAUGCGCCGCCGCCCCCUGGCCCGGAGAGGUAAACGGGGGAGACGAUGAAGGAGCCGCCUCGACGGCUUCUGUUCUGGGCCUCCUGCUUGCUGCUCUGCUGCCUGCUCGGGCUUCCCUGCUGGCAUGUCUUUUGUAAAGAGAGCCCUUCAUCUGCAUCUAUGUAUUCACCAAAUGAGAACUAUCCCUUGGCAAGCAUGGAAGAAAACAUCCAGGAAAAGGAGGAGAUGGAUGGACACGUUGAAGUGCUCCCUUUAGAACAUGAUGAAUCCAUUGUGAGAGGCAAUCCAGAAGAAGAGUGUUCGGUUGACUGCACAAAGCAAAAACAGACCAUAGAGAUGGGGGAAUCAAGAACACCCGAAGAUGAGACUCAACCUUCAGUGGAUUUAGAUGAAGCUUCUUCUAGUACAGCUGCUGUCCCCGAGAAAAUUUCUAGUACACCUACCUCAGAGAUCUUGCCAGUCUCUCAGCCUAGUGCAACAGAAAAUUCCAGUGCUGAUAAUCCCGUAGUCACCUCUGCCGAAGCUGAACAGGCAGAACCUAACUGCGAUAUUGGUGGGGCACUUGAGGCCGACGCUUUGAGUGAGCCUUCCUCUCUUGUGGCUUCGCCAGAGAGCCUUGUAGGCCAGCACAUAGAAAACAUCUCCUCACGCACCAAGGGGAAAAUGACUAAGUCAGAAUUUGAACCGAAGCUUGCUGCUGAGCAGAAGACGGAUCCAAAGUCAGCAUUGAACGCUUCGGGUAACUUAAGAGGGGAUAGAAAAGUGGGCGAAAUUGACCCAACUUCUGUGAUAGCUCCAAAGGACCCAGGAGAUAUUCCUACAUUCGAUGAAUGGAAGAAGCAGGUUAUGGAAGUAGAAAAAGAAAAAAGUCAGGCAAUGCACCCAUCCUCCAAUGGAGGUCCACAUCCUACAAAAAAGGUCCAGAAAAACAGAAAUAACUAUGCUUCCGUGGAGUGUGGUGCCAAAAUAUUGGCAGCUAAUCCAGAAGCCAAGAGUACGUCAGCUAUACUAAUGGAGAAUAUGGACCUCUACAUGCUGAAUCCAUGCAGUACUAAAAUAUGGUUUGUUGUGGAGCUGUGUGAGCCAAUUCAGGUGAAGCAGCUGGACAUUGCCAACCAUGAAUUAUUCUCAUCCACUCCCAAGGACUUUUUAGUGUCUAUCAGUGACAGAUACCCAACAAAUAAGUGGGUCAAGCUGGGCACUUUUCACGCUCGAGAUGAGAGGAAUGUCCAGAGUUUUCCUCUGGAUGAACAGAUGUAUGCAAAAUAUGUAAAGAUGUUCAUCAAGUACAUAAAGGUGGAGUUGGUGUCCCAUUUUGGAUCAGAACAUUUCUGCCCUUUGAGCCUUAUAAGGGUGUUUGGCACUAGUAUGGUUGAAGAAUAUGAAGAAAUAGCUGACUCUCAGUACCAAUCUGAACGACAAGAGCUUUUUGAUGAAGAUUACGAUUAUCAUUUGGACUACAAUGCGGGUGAAGAAAAAUCUUCAAAGAACCUAAUUGGCUCUGCCACAAAUGCUAUUUUAAACAUGGUGAACAUUGCUGCUAACAUACUCGGAGCGAAAUCUGAAGAGCAUUCCACCGAUCAGGGAAAUGAAAGUGUUCCUGAAAAUACAACUGCCACAUCCAGGGUAGUGCCAAAUCUGCUGGAGCCAACUACCACUCCUUCUCUGGAGCUUGUUGCUUCAGAGAUACCACAAACCGAGAAGGAGCCGUUAAUCGUAGAUGUGGCAAAAGAGAGCCCAAUUGUUCAGCUUGUGCAAGAAUACGAAGAGGAAGCGAGCCGAUCAACCGUGACCCUGCUGCCCAGCGAUGAGCAAGAAGAAGAGACAUUGUGGUUUGAAUCGGAAACACAGAUCUAUUGCUACGAGCUGAUGACCGUCUGUUGCAUCUCCACUUUUUCGGAAUAUCUGUACAAGCGCUGUUCAGCCAUCAUAGCGCUGCAUCGCUACCACAGCAAAAAGGAUACCAGUUGGAGAAAAUCGUACUCUGCCAUUUUCCAGCCCCAGUUGGUUUCAACCAAAUCUUUGUACACAUCAAUACAUGAACCCUUUCCAGACAAAUUGGAAACCCCUGUUCCAGAGCCACCUGAAACCAUUGUAGGCAUCCUAAGCAGUGUAUCAACCGAACCUACGAUUAAUCAGACCGAGGGAACUUUUGAACUGGAACCCAGUCACCCUCAGACGGUGUCUCAGUCAAUCCUGUUGGAUGUCACUGCAGGAGCCAAGUCGCAGUCCACAGUGGAUGUGUCCUCUGAGCCCACAAAACCGGAAGUUGUGUCUGAAGCUCCAGAAGCUCCUCCCCAGGAGGAAAUCUCUGCUGAAAAAGACGAAGCCGUUGGGUCUGUUACAGAGAAACUGCCCGAAACCAGUGUUGUAACUGAAGUCAAAGAGACUGGAGAAGAGAGGACCUCUACUGAAACAGUCUCCAAGCCAUCAGAGACUGUUAUACAGUCAGAAUGUACUGGAGCAGUAGAAAGCAGCGAUGGGGAAACAAAGGCAGGUUCCUUGGAAACGGAAAACCCAGUGACAUUGCCUGCUGUAGAGCCAUCUUCAUCAGAAAUAAAAGAUGAUGACACAGCGGUCGAGGAACCCUUUCUCCCUAUCCCCGUCUCUGGUGGAUUACCACGGACUGCUACCGACUUCUAUGCUGAACUGCAGAAUUCUACAGACUUGAGUUACACUAAUGGGAACCUUGUUCAUGGAUCUAACCAAAAAGAGUCUGUCUUUAUGAGGCUCAACAAUCGCAUUAAAGCCCUGGAAGUCAACAUGUCUCUCAGCAGCCGCUAUUUGGAAGAACUUAGCCAAAGAUACCGUAAGCAAAUGGAUGAAAUGCAGAAGGCCUUUAAUAAAACAAUAAUACAACUUCAGAAUACUUCACGCCUGGCAGAACAGCAGGAUUUGAAGCAGACAGAGGCCAUUCAACUUCUGCAGGCACAGCUGACCAAUAUGACACAGCUAGUUUCCAAUCUGUCCUCAACUGUGGCUGAACUCAAAAUAGAGGUUUCUGAUCGCCAGAGCUAUCUUGUCAUUUCCUUGGUGCUCUGUGCCAUUCUAGGCUUGAUGCUUUGCAUACAGCGCUGCAAAAAUAGGUCAGAGAUGGACAACAACUACUGCUCAGAACUUCUCAAAAAUAAUCACUAUCCCAGUCCAAAAAGGUGUUUUUCUUCCUAUGAUGAUAUGAACUUGAAAAGAAGAACCUCUUUUCCACUCACCAGGUCUCAGUCUUUUCAGCUGAACAGCAAAGAAGUGGACCCGGGUGAUCUGUACAUUGUAGAGCCGUUGAAGUUUUCGCCAGAGAAAAAGAAGAAACGCUGCAAAUACAAAACUGAAAAGAUUGAGACGGUCAAACCAGCGGUGGAGCCCAUGCAUCCAGUAGCGAAUGGGGAAAUAAAAAGCAGGAAGCCCUAUACAAACCAGAGGGACUUCUCCAAUAUCGGCGAUGUGUACCACUCUUCGUACAAAGGUCCCCCGUCAGAAGGAAGCUCAGAAACUUCCUCGCAGUCUGAAGAGUCCUACUUCUGUGGCAUUUCGGCGUGCACGAGCUUGUGCAACGGACAAAUCCAAAAGACAAAAACGGAGAAGAGGGCUCUCAAGCGGAGACGGGCUAAAGCUCCGGAGCAGGGGAAGCUCAUAAAAACUUUAAUACAGACUAAGACGGGGUCCUUGCCGAGCCUGCAUGAUAUCAUCAAAGGAAACAAGGAACUGACUGUGGGAACACUCGGCGUCACAGCCAUUUCUGGGCACCUUUAAAAUGCAUUGAACUCUUUGUAGCAGAGAGCCUUUUUUAUGACAAAACUUGUAUUAUUGGGAGGGGAAAAGGUUGGUUAAUGCAAAGCGUCUCAAAAUCAUAUGGUGGCUCUUUUCUUAAGGAUUGUGUAAAUAACCAACCUUGGUGGUUAUAAGCUUCAGCUUUCUCCAAGCUGAUUUCUGAUACGGAUAGCUGGAGGGAGGAAAACUGCCUUGGGCGGGGGCGGGGGGGAGAGACACGGCUCGUUUUAUACAGUUUUUUUCACAAAUGCUGAUGCUAAGAUCUUGAAACCCAGUUUUGGGCGGAACAGAGUUUAAAAGCAUAACCCCUUUCCCUUUUUGCUGUGUUCCUAUUUCUAGCACCUUCCCAUAUUUAUGUGCCUUUUGUCUAUUUAUAAUGCCACUGGAAGAGGGGGGGGGAGGCAUUUUACUUGUAAGUUUAGGUCUUCUGAAAAAUGCAACACUACCAUGUUUUUAGGAGAGUAUGCUGUCCUCCAGUGGGAGUCCGUAAUGUGCUUUGGAUAAGUUAGAAAUGCAUUGCCAGGGUAGAUUUUUUUCUCGUCGGAUCUUUGUUUCGCAAAGGCAGUUGGGGCCAAUACCACAUACAUCUGAUGUAGCAGCUAACGUUCCGAUGGUACAAUAAUACCCCUGCAGGAUGUGAUGUUAACAAAACAUGCCUUUGUUGCCUAGACUGACUUGAUUUAACUCUUGUUUAAUCAGCGUUUGCGAUCGCUGAUUCUCUUCCUGUACUAAGAAAUUGGGAGGAAGAACUGUUCUGUGUUGGUUCUGGUUGCAGUGGGGGGGCCGUAAACAAAUGUGCAAGUCAGUGUCGAGCUCUAGGUUGUUCUGUUCCAAAGGUAUGUCCAUAAUGUUUGCUUCUCUAUUUUUAUUGGCUAACCCAUGUGCAGUGUGCUUGUGUGUGGGUUUUUUUUGUAUUUUUCUCAUGUGUGGUUUUGUUACAAAGUUGGGUUUGUAUGAGUACAUCUGAGUGAAUGUGACAAAAAGGUCCUUAUUUGAGAGGUUCAAGGUUCAUGUUGUAUAAGAUAUAACUUAUUGAGCACUUUUAGUCGCAAUCUCUUUGUGGUUUUCUUUUUUAAAAAACAGCUAAUGCCUUUUCCUGGGUAUUACACGUAAAUGUGAUUUAUUUAAAAGGUAUUGUUUUGCUGCUUUCAUGUUAGUUUUGGAAUACAUUUUACAGUAAUGUCCUUUAGAGCCUGCACAUCUAGCCAGUCAAAGCAUACGGACCUAAUUUUUUUUUUAAAGAAUGAAUUGACCGGGAAGGGGGCGGGGUCCAAACCAGAAGGGAGAUCAGAAGGGGUUCUACUAUUUUGAGCGGACGCAUAGAAAAUUGUGGCACAAGGAACUUGUAAUACAUGACUACAAAUUUGUAGUGCCAGUAGAAACUGUGAAUUUCCAAAUAAAUCUGAACACUUGUCUUUAAAA